CCGCGUUUAUUCGUCGCGAUCGCCUUCAGCAUGAACGACCUCAAGUCAGCCACGAGUUAUACGAGCACCUCGCUUCACGAGGCCGUCAAACUGCGCCUGGACGAGCCGGGAUCCUUUUCGAAGACCGUCCUGCCACAGACGAUUCCCCAGUUCUUCAGGGAGGCGUGUGAAAAGUAUGCGGAUCUGCCUGCCUUGGUGUGGGAAACCCCAGGAUCAGGAGUCGAUGGUUGGACCACAUUGACCUAUGCCGAGUACCAGCAGCGAGUGGAGCAGGCAGCCCUGAUGCUGCUGAGCGUUGGAGUGGAGGAACGCAGUUCAGUGGGCAUCCUGGCCUUCAAUUGUCCUGAAUGGUUCUUUGCCGAGUUCGGAGCCUUACAAGCUGGAGCCGUGGUAGCUGGAAUUUAUCCAAGCAACUCGGCGGAGGCUGUUUAUCAUGUCCUUGCCACCGGAGAGUCCUCCGUUUGCGUGGUGGACGAUGCCCAGCAGAUGGCCAAGUUGAGGGCGAUCAAGGAACGUCUGCCACUGCUCAAGGCAGUGAUUCAGCUGCACGGACCCUUCGAGAACUUCGUCGACCAGGAACCCGGCUACUUCAGCUGGCAGAAGCUGCAGGAGCGGACCUUCUCCAGCGAACUCAAAGAGGAACUGGUGGCCCGCGAGAGCAGGGUUCGUGCCAACGAGUGUGCCAUGCUGAUCUUCACCUCGGGAACGGUGGGAAUGCCCAAGGCGGUAAUGCUGUCCCAUGACAACAUCAUUUUCGACACCAAGUCCGCGGCGGCAGGUCUGCAGGAUGUGCAAAUCGGCAAGGAGAGCUUCGUGAGCUACCUCCCUUUGAGUCAUGUGGCUGCCCAGAUUUUCGACGUAUUUCUGGGUCCAUCACAUGCCGGAUGUGUUACGUUUGCGGACAAGGAUGCGCUCAAGGGAACGCUGAUCAAAACCUUUCGAAAGGCGAGGCCCACGAAAAUGUUCGGUGUCCCACGCGUUUUCGAGAAACUACAGGAACGUCUGGUGGCCGCGGAGGCAAAAGCGAGACCCUAUUCCCGACUGCUUUUGGCUCAGGCAAGGGCUGCUGUCGCUGAGCACCAGAUAACGCUGAUGGCGGGAAAAACACCAUCCAUUUAUGGCCGUACUAAAUAUUGGCUAGCCUCUCGCGUCAUAAAACCCAUUCGUGAGAUGAUAGGUCUGGACAACUGCCGUGUUUUUCUGACCGGCGGAGCUCCCACUUCGGAUGAGAUGAAGCAGUUCUUCCUGGGUCUGGACAUGCCACUGGGCGAGUGCUAUGGAAUGUCGGAGAGUGGUGGAGCCAUCACCCUGAAUGUGGAUAUCAACAAUUUAUACAGUGCGGGUCGAGCGUGCGAGGGACUGACUCUGAAGAUCCAGGAUCCCGAUUGCAAUGGCCAGGGGGAGAUCUUGAUGCGGGGUCGUAGCAUAUUCAUGGGCUACCUGGGAUUGCCGGAGAAGACUGAAGAAACGAUCAAUGAGGAGGGCUGGCUGCUAUCCGGCGACUUGGGCUAUUUCGAUCCUAAGGAAAAUCUGGUGAUCUCCGGUCGACUCAAGGAACUGAUCAUCACCGCCGGCGGGGAGAAUAUUCCACCGGUGCACAUCGAGGAGCUGAUCAAGAAAGAGCUUCCCUGCGUUAGCAAUGUGCUACUGAUCGGCGAUCAUCGCAAGUAUCUGUCAGUGUUGAUAUCUCUAAAGACCAAGUCUGAUGGCAAGACGGGACUUCCCCUGGAUGCAUUGCGGGAGGAGACGAUCGAGUGGCUACGGGAUCUGGACAUCCAUGAGACCCGUCUCUCCGAACUCCUGAGCAUUCAAUCCGAUCUCCAGCUUCCUAGCGAUAAUGCUGCUCAGGCGGCUGCUCUGGAGAUCACAGCUGAGCCGAAGCUCCUGGAGGCCAUCGAGGAAGGCAUUAAGCGGGCCAAUAAACACGCCAUCUCGAAUGCCCAGAAGGUGCAGAAGUUCGCCCUCAUCCCCCACGAAUUCUCACUGGCCACCGGAGAACUGGGUCCCACGCUAAAGAUCAGGCGAAAUAUUGUCCACGCAAAAUAUGCCCAAGUCAUUGAGCGUCUGUACAAGUAAAAAGUAACGCAUAUUUAUCUUAAAUCUAUAUUUUAUUUCUCAAACUUUACACUGUAAUCAUUAUUAACACACAAUUCUCUUAUAUUUUAAGACCUAAUGAACUCAAUAUAUUUGUUGAUUAAAACGA